CUCGCCGUCAGCGGGGCCGGUGGCGGCGCUCCCCCGGGCGGCCCGCGGCCGGGCGGCGGCUUCCGGCGGAGCCCUCAACAAAGAUGGUGCUUUCCGCGCCGGGUCCGCGGGUGCCGGGGCGCCGCGUGUAGUUCCCCGGUUCCCUCUGUAGCCAAAUGGAUGCCAGAGACAAGCAGCUUUUGCGCUCCCUGCGCCUGGAGCUCUGCACGGAGGUGCUGGUGGAUGGACUGGUUAUUCAGUAUCUCUAUCAAGAAGGCAUUCUCACUGACAGUCAUGUUCAAGAAAUAAAAUCCCAAACCACCAGCCAAAGGAAAACCAUGAUGCUCCUUGAUAUUCUUCCUACUAGAGGACCCAAGGCUUUUGAUGUGUUCCUGGAUUCCUUACAGGAGUUCCCAUGGGUUAAGGACAAGCUGAAGGUGAAGCGUAAGGAAAUGACAGUACAAGAUCCUGCAGAUGCAGUCGAAAUUGCCCCAUGUAUUUUGAAGAGUUCACCAACAGAUCGACAGAUGAACAAGCUUGCGAAGAGACUGGGACCCGAAUGGGAGCAUAUUGUUCUGUGCUUGGGUUUGUCCCAUACUGACAUCUAUCGAUGUAAAGUCAAUCACCCUCACAACGUUCAGUCACAGAUAGUAGCUGCAUUUGUGCUGUGGAGACAGCGCUUUGGGAAAAAUGCAACAAUCCAAAGUCUGCAAGCCAGUCUGAUGGCAGAAGAAGUGGAUCCUUCUGUGAUGCAGUACAUGCUUGAGUAAAGCCUUGCCAUUCAUUGGGAGCUUUCAAGUACUUUGCUAAAUUAAGUACAUCGCUGAGACGAGUCGAAGAUCUGGUGCAUCAAACUGGCAAAACCGGGGUUGAGAACUGUGAUUUUGUUAAGUUUCUACAUUUCAGUUUUCUGUGGCACCUUGUGACUUGUAAUUCUUUUCAUGCCAGGUUUCUGUUUAGCAGGCAUUAGAAAAUGGAUCACUCUUUCCUCUUUCUUUGCUCUUGUACUAUUCCAGUGGGGAUAUAGGGUGACACUUAAAGUCCUUGCACACAGGAGGCCCUGCAGUCAGUUCAGCAAGGUUUCCCAUUUCACUGUGGAGGCAACACUUGAUUUAACCUGUUUUCUGCAGUAUGGGCUAAGAACCUUUUUUACUGCUGUUCCAUGCUAAUUCCCCGAUAUCCCAGUAAGAAAUGAGAAUAAUCACUGUUACUAAUGCAAUGAUUAUACAGCAGUUACUACAGGUGACCCGUUUCACAUGGGUCAGAGUCUUAGCACGUAUCAUUUCUUGCUCGGGUAGAUGGCUGCCACCUUACUCUACCUUUUAAACUGGCCCUAAGAGGGAGUAACAGGAACCUGGUGUGCUCGUGAGGUCUCUUCCCAUUAUAGUUUAAUAGGUGUAGGUUUCUACAAGGAGGCAGACACUGUGUAAGUGUGGGUGGGGAAUUCUCUGGGAAGAUAUGCAGCAGGAAAGUGACCAGAGAAUAGGCAGGGAAGGUGCCUAAGAAAUGAGAUGACUUCUAAGUUUCCCAUCUUUGUCUCAGCUAGAAAACUGGAAGACAAACGGAUGUCUGCUGAGUCUUUGUACUAUAGCAUGUGUGCAAAGGCAACAGAAGCAACCAGCUGCUCUUAGAGACCUGAUGGCAAAAGGCUAAGUACAUGUUAAUUCUUUAUAGACACUUUACUGUACUGUAAAUGAGGAACAGUGUUUGAGUGCAGGGUUUCCAGGUCUAUUUAUGAGCAAGUUCUGGUAGACCAUUUCAUCUAUACAGAGUCAUUGCCAAAUAACUUCCCAUCCUACAGGAUCUGCUCCAUAUAAUUUAACAGCUUAACAGGCUUGUCAGAAAUCUUUACUAGAGAAAGAAUGAGCUUUAUUGCCUUUUUUUCUUUUUUAAUUCUUCCUCUACUCUGAUUUUUGAAGCCAUUUCCCAAAGAUGGGAAAUUAGGAAGAACAAAGACAUUUUCAGGAGACAUUGUCUGCCUUGCUUUUCAGAAGCAUGAAGAGAGAAAACAUGUCCUGGCAAUUCCUGCAGGUCCUGAAGUGAUCUGGUAGUAGUCUUCUGCAUACAGUUUUCACCUUCAGUAAAUCAUGAUCCUGUUAUACCUCAUUUGGAUCUUAAUUAAUCAUAUCCUAUCACAGCUAUUUACAGAGUCUAAGUCUAUCAACAAGUCCGAAAUAAACAGUUUAAAUCGA